AUGGCGAUGCCUGUAACAAAUUGUUCGCUAGAUGAUAUCGAUUUGGCAGCAUUGAAGGAGCCAGCUGGUAUUUUUGAGCUGAUAGAAGUUGUCGGAAAUGGAACCUAUGGACAGGUUUACAAGGGACGACAUACAAAGACUGGUCAGUUAGCAGCCAUUAAAGUCAUGGAUGUAACAGAAGAUGAGGAAGAGGAGAUUAAAUUAGAAAUCAAUGUACUGAAGAAGUAUUCAAAUCAUCGUAACAUUGCCACAUAUUAUGGAGCAUUUAUAAAGAAAUCACCGGCUGGAAAAGAUGAUCAGUUGUGGCUUGUCAUGGAAUAUUGUGGAGCUGGAAGUGUGACCGAUUUAGUCAAAUCAACAAAAGGACAAAGUCUGAAAGAGGAAUGGAUUGCGUAUAUCUGUCGUGAGAUAUUGCGUGGAUUGAGUUAUUUGCAUAGCAAUAAAGUCAUACAUAGAGAUAUUAAGGGACAAAACGUAUUACUUACCGAUAAUGCUGAAGUUAAACUUGUCGAUUUUGGUGUUUCGGCUCAACUCGAUAGGACUAUUGGGCGUAGAAACACAUUUAUUGGACCCCUUAUUGGAUGGCUCCAGAAGUUAUUGCUUGUGAUGAGAAUCCAGAUGCCACUUACGAUAAUCGAUCGGAUUUAUGGUCGUUGGGUAUUACAGCACUUGAAAUGGCUGAGUCUCAACCGCCACUUUGUGAUUUGCAUCCAAUGCGUGCACUUUUCUUAAUUCCCCGUAAUCCUCCUCCACGUCUCAAGUCAAAGAAAUGGUCAAAGAAAUUUCAUGGAUUUAUUGACACUGUUUUAGUCAAAGACUAUCAUCAAAGACCGUAUACUGAACAAUUGCUAAAGUGUCCAUUCAUCAAAGAACAGCCCACAGAACGUCAAGUGAGAAUUCAGUUGAAGGAUCACAUUGAUCGUUGCAAGAAACGUAAGCAAGAGAAGGAACGUGAAGAUUAUCAUUACUCCGGAAGUGAGAAUGAAGAGGAGGAACCACAGACUGCUGGUGAACCUUCAUCGAUUAUUCAGGCACCUGGAGGUGAUACAUUACGUCGUAACUUUGCACAAAUCCAAGAAGGACAUCAGAAGGCUGCUGAAGCUAAUGGUGCUGCAAAUCGCAAUCAAAAGCCUCAACCACAGCAGCAGCAUUCUCGUGAAAAGCCAAUUGAAGAGCCAGUUCCACGACCAGCACUGCCACAACGAUUAAUUGUUGUUCCUGAUCCUCCAAUAAUUCAACAGCCAAUAAUACCACAGCCAACACCACAACCACCAACUCAAACUCCAAAUCAACAUGCAAAUCGUCCUUUGCCACCGACACCUAAGAACGGAUCUUCAUCAUCCCAACCAAAUUCCAAUCAGUCAUCGCAACAGCAAGCACAACAACAAACACCACCACAACGUAAUUCUCAAAAUCUCUUCAAGCCUAUGCUUCCGCCACGACGUCCUGAGUCACAACCACAACAACCCGAGGCACCACCACGAAGCAAUCGAUCAUCAUCUGGAGCAUCAUCAGCUAAGCAAACGACACAGAGUUCGAAUAAUAAUAAUAAUCAGCCCGUCAAUCCACUUGAUCCAAUUGAGGACUCUGACACUGACUCUGAACCAGAUGAACCGAAUGAUAGAGCUCGAAAUGAUGGAACAUUAUUAGCAAGUGACCCACCGAAACCUCUACCCGGAUUAAUGUCUGGUGAGAGUACAGCAACAGCUUCUACAAAUCAAAGUAGUGGUCCACCAAAUCGACCAUUACCGCCUACACCAGACGACGAUGCUCAAGGAGAUCGAACUCUAAUAAUGAAACGGAAUCUUGCUAGCCAGUCAUCGACAUCAGUUGCAACGACGGGAUCAUCGACAUCAACAACAUCAGAAAAUGAUGAAGCAGUUCUAUUGCGUGAGUGGAAUUUUGAGAGAUUUUUCCCUGAACGUUCGUCAAUGUCGAAUGUUGAAAAGGGAAAAUUACUUAGUGGAAAUGACAAUAAAAAUAAAAAUAAUUUAGCAUAUAUGGAGAAGAAAAAGAUUGAGGAGAUGAACAAUAAAUUGAAGCUGGAAAAUCGUGUAAAAAAUGCAAUAUUCACAAAGAAUAAUAAUCUCAAUUCACCGCAGAAUCAAAAGAUUGUAGCUGAAAAACGUCCUGAGAAUGCAGACUCUAGAUUUUCGAAUUUCGUGCGAGGCUUUCGAAGGGAACAUACAGACUUCUUUCCUUCGUCUAAGCGUCACUCGGCGAUAUUUAGCGAGCAAUUGUCACCAAUUAAAAAUAAUUCACCACCAAAAGUUCAAAGAUCAAGUGCCAUUUUCCAACGGAAAGUACCCAAGGGUGAACCAAUUCUUACUGAUUUUAUUCCUAAACGUGAUAAUACUUUAGAUAAGUCAAGUCCGAAUCAAAGCACACCAAAAACUGGAGAAAAUUCUAAAUCAAAUUCACCGGCAGCUGUAAAAUUGCGGAACCAAAUGCCAUCGAAUAAUGACUUUUUAAGAAUGAGACGCGAAAAGACGGAAUCUGUCAUUUUUGUAUCUCCGCGAAAUGCCAAUAGUGCAGCUGUCGAAUCAUUUCAACAAUUACAACAGCAGCAGAAUCGCGGAAGUGAGAACAAUAACAUGGGUGCACGUACGAGUGUAUUGCCUGAUUUGUUAAGUCAAGCCUCACCGGCAACACCGCCAAGACAUGAUCGAUCAACGAGUGAAGAGUAUCGCGCGGCUGUUAAUAAUUCACCUCAUUCCUCUCCCGUGUCUAAAUCACACCAAAAUUCACCCCACCACAAACCCUCCCUUGUUAUAUCCCCAUUCCAUCAUCAACAUCUAUCCCCCUCAUCACAAAGUGAUAAAUUGGCUCAUAUUAAUUCUAAUUCACCCAAUAAUUCACAUUUAAUGCAUCCCCAUUCGCUUGCCCUACAACAGAAACAACGAAGCUUCCUCACAUUCGGAUUCGGUGCUGGCAGCUCAGGCGGAGCUUCUCGACGUGAAAGUCAUGUAAAUGUUAAUGUAACACCAACAUCUCAACACGAUGCAACUAGUGAUACACCUGAAAUUCGUAAAUAUAAGAAACGAUUCAAUUCCGAGAUUCUUUGUGCUGCUUUAUGGGGUGUAAAUCUCCUGAUCGGUACAGAGAAUGGAUUAAUGUUAUUGGAUAGGUCUGGACAAGGAAAGGUCUACCAAUUGAUUUCAAGACGGCGUUUCCAACAAAUGGAAGUGCUUGAAGGACAAAACAUUCUCGUCACAAUAUCGGGAAAGAAGAAUCGUGUUCGCGUGUAUUAUUUAUCAUGGCUUAAAUCAAAAAUUUUACGAACUGACGGAUUAUCAGAUCAAGUUGAACGACGUAAUGGAUGGAUUAACGUUGGCGAUCUGCAAGGAGCUGUUCACUUUAAAAUUGUGAAAUACGAGAGAAUCAAGUUUUUAGUGAUUGCGCUGAAAGAUUCGAUAGAAAUAUAUGCUUGGGCGCCAAAACCUUAUCAUAAAUUUAUGGCUUUUAAAAGCUUUGGUGAAUUGAAUCAUCGACCACUCUUGGUGGAUUUAACAGUCGAGGAACAAACAAGAUUGAAAGUCAUUUAUGGAUCUGCUGAAGGCUUCCAUGCUGUUGAUUUAGAUUCAGCUACAGUCUAUGAUAUUUAUUUGCCAAAACAUACUCAAGGACCAAUUACUCCACAUUGCAUCGUGACAUUGCCUAAUUCAAAUGGAAUGAACUUGCUGUUAUGUUACGAUAAUGAAGGUGUUUAUGUGAACACAAUGGGACGUGUAUCAAAGAAUUUCGUACUGCAAUGGGGCGAAAUGCCAACAUCAGUGGCAUUCAUUGGAACAGGACAGAUUAUGGGAUGGGGAAAUAAAGCAAUUGAGAUACGUUCCGUUGAAACGGGUCAUUUAGACGGUGUUUUUAUGCAUAAGAAAGCUCAACGCCUUAAAUUCCUGUGCGAACGUAACGACAAAGUAUUCUUCAGCAGUGCAAAAGGUGGUUCGUCUUGUCAAAUUUACUUUAUGACAUUAAAUAAGCCUGCAAUGAUGUCAUGGUAA